AGAAAAGAUGAAGAAGAAAUUUCAUCCGAUUCUAUGGAGCAUCCAGAACAUCCACGUCAUAAACCAUUUUUAAAUAGUUUUGGCGAAACAUAUUAUUCACUUAAGAAUGCAAUGCAAUUAAUUGAUCUUAUGCAAGAUACUCGAAUAAUCUGGAAUCAAAUUCAAGAACAAUGGACACCAUUUUGGUUAAAACGUCCAUGUGUACUUUUAAGAGAUUUCUCACGUUUACAUAGACUUCCAGAUCCAAUUUAUUCAUUAAAAAUAGAAA